GGGUGUCAGGGGCAAGGCGUUAUCAUAAUCUAUAAAAGUGCGACGGGUACUGCGCGCGCGCACAUUCACUCAUACGCGCGCGCUCGGUCCGCAUUGUUCGCGUUUCGCGUGUUUUUAGUUCUACACGUGAUUGACGGUGUUUCCAUAAUGACGUCCAAUGACUUCCGUCUGGAACGGAACGUAGAACUAUCGGAAGAGACCAAAGCCAUCGCUGAAGAAGAGUUAAGAGAGACCCCAGAAAGAGUAAAAGAGGCUUUGGAAAGACUGAGAGAGUUGUUGAAAGAGAACAAAGACUUAUACUUCGGUGAUGAUGAUGAAAUCCUUACCAUAUUCCUGCGUCCCUGCAAGUGGUAUCCAGAGAGCGCAAUAGCCCUUAUGCGGCGUGUAGCUGAAUUUAGAAAAGAAAAUGCCUCUCUACUGGACGGGUUACUACCUGAACACGAAAUUCAAUCUUUCUUAGAACACAAAGUUGUGAACGUGCUGAAGGGACGUGACCACAAAGGAAGGAGAGUUCUAGUCGUCAAUGUUGGUGGCUCCUGGGACCCGAAGAAGGUGACGGCGGACCAGCUCUUCAGGCUUUUUUACUUAAUCCAUGAAGCCGCUAUGUUGGAGCCAGAGUCUCAAGUUCGAGGCACCGUCGUCAUCAUGGACUUCCACAAUAUGGGCUGGCCUCAAACAUGGGGACUUACACCAAGCUUCUCAAAACGUCUCCUGACUUUCAUUCAGGAUGCGAUGCCUUUGAGGUUGAAGGAAGUCCACUUUGUCAAGGAACCAAUGCUUUUUAGUGCCGUAUGGAAGAUGUUCAAACCCUUCAUCAGAGAAAAACUAAAGAGUAGGAUAUAUUUUCACGGCUCAAAGAUGUCUUCGCUCCACAAGCAUAUGGAACCAUCUCACUUACCAGCCGAUUAUGGUGGCGAUCUGCCAGCUAUCAACUACUCUGGGGCUGAAUGGUACCCGGUCAUCAACGAAAUAUUACCGCAUAUACAUAACUGGAACUCCUAUGGUUUUGCUAAGGACUCCUAAAUUAUAAAUAGCUCUACUAACCAAGACCUGGAUUAAAAACGUGUAAAAUUAUCUAAAUAAUCUACAAUCUAAGCCAAUUAAUUUCAGCGCCAUCUAGUGGCGCUUUUUAAAACAAUUAGAUCUUUAAUUUGUUUCUUUAAUAUUUAUAAAUAAAUUUUUAAUUCACUGUUAUACUUUAAUAAAAGUUGUUUUUAUUAAGAAUUUUGUGUUCGACUCACGUUUCUAUUUCCAUUUUGAAUACUGUCUUGGUUAGUAGUAUUGCCAUACAUAGGGGAUAUUCAUGUAGUUAGACGAGUGUUGGUUAUAAAAUUAUUUAUAGGAUACUCUUUUUAAUUUCUCAGUACUUAUGGAGAUAGUACGAUUCUAGUAGUUUUCUAAAAUCAUUAAUAUAUAAUGAAGCAUUUGUAGUUUAGAGGAUAUAGUUAUGUGAUUUAUUUGUACCUAAUUUUAUUAAAUGACCAAUAGAUAAGACUAAACAGGCAGCGAUAUGUAUUCGUAAAAGACAAUAAAAUUAUGUACAAAUUAUAUUCGUUAAAGUGAAUUCCAUACAUUUUUAUAAUUGUGAUUUUUGGACCAAUAUUCGUAAUAUCGUGAUUGUUGAAGACUGGAUAACAAAUGAAUUAUUGUGCCUUUAUUAUUUUUAAGAUGUGAUAUGAAAUUAUUGUUAAAUAAGUGUUUUCGAGCGAAUUUCAUGACAUGAUACAUUAUACUAAUACUGUAAGCCGCUAGAUAAUAGCGGUAUUACUGCAUGACCCUAGACAAAUGUUUUUGCUUCAAGUGUGUUUCGCCAUUGGAUUUUCUAUGGUCAUCUGAAAACUUAUCCAUACAAUAUGUUUUUAUGAUUUUGGGUUAUACCUAUGGUAAAACAUUUCUUGGGUCACCAUCAGCUCAGACUGUGAGUCUAAAACACAAAUCACGGAAAGAAAAAGUACAAAAACCUUAUCGUGUUAUCAAAAAUUAAAUCUAGUUAAUUAUUCAUUAAAGUCAUACGAGUAUGCCAUUUGCAUUUUAAUAUACACAUUGAAAGUAUCCUUAGGCCUUAGACAAAAUCACUGUUCGACAGGCGUGACCCAAUACCGCCAAACGAAUUUCUAUGGAAAUGGUCACAUGGUUCAAUGGGAUUUUGUUGAAAGUCGUUAAGUAGUAUUUGGUGCUCCAAUGUAUGCUAUCCGCAAUUUAAUUAUUUCCAUUUAAUAAAAAUGUUUCAUCGUCGUUACUAAUUGUUGGUUUUUGUAUCUUUUAUAAGCGUUAUAUAAAAAAAAAAACAUAUAAAGUAAAAAUGUGACCAAAGUUAUUCAUAUAAAGAUUUGUUAUGUUUAUACGAAAUAGAUAAUGAAUUAGCAAUGCAAAGUCUGUUAGCACCCCUGAUAAAUCUAAAAAUCUGUUUUAGCCUACAGCUGUAUAUAAAAUGUCAAUAACCCAGCAUAAAAAGAUUAUAUCCUCUAUUAAGUGUCCUCUUUCAAUCACUAGACGAAUCUUGUAUGACUGGAUAUUUCGUAGGCGUGAUUCGCUAUUUAAUUUGUAUGCAACUGUUCACAAGCAUUAGUUGUCUGGAGCGUUUGCCUUGUAACAUUUUGUCUUUAUCUAGCAUUAUUAACAGACUAAAGACAGCUCUUUUAUCUGUGGCACAGGGUGCAUCGCUGAUUACAUUAUCUAAGUAUUUUAUUUGAAUGGUUAGCACUAAGAUCGAAGAUAUACCUGAGUUGCUCAACGUAGAUUGUUAUAGCAUACCAUAUGAUUUUUUAAAUAUAUGACGAUAAAUUUA